AUGGUGUGGACGGUUUUGUUACUGCUUCUCGGACUCCUCGCGCUGGUCUUCCUCCGCUUGUCACGCUCAAGGAGGAAAAACGAACCUCCGCUCGAUAAAGGCUUGAUUCCCUGGCUUGGUCAUGCUCUGGACUUUGGGAAAGAUGCGGCGAAGUUUUUAUCCCGCAUGAAAGAGAAGCACGGGGAUAUCUUUACAGUUCGUGUUGCCGGUCAUUAUGUCACGGUGCUGCUGGACCCAAACUCUUACCAUGCCGUGCUGUGUGACACCGUCUCCUUAGACAACUCCCGCCAGCGAACCCUGCUCAUGAAGAGGAUGUUUAGCCUGCAGCUGCCCAACGCGAACCCUACAGAGGAGAGGGCGUGGAUGGAAAAGCACUUCCAAGGCCUUAACCUGGCCCAAAUCAGCGGCUCCAUGGGCACCCAUCUGCAGACCCUCCUCUCAGACGACCAGAACGGCUACGAUGCUUCACAGUGGAGACAGGAGGACCUCUUCAGCUUCUGCUACAGCCUCCUCUUCAGGGCUGGGUAUCUCACUUUGUUCGAGAGGAGCAGCAACGUCACCGCCGUCUACAGAGAGUUCCGCAAGUUCGACGCUCUUCUGGUGAAACUGGCACGUUGCAUGCUCAAAAAAAGUGAAAGAAAGACAGCCAGCUCGUCCCAGGCGUGCCUGUGGGAGCUGCUCUCCGCUGCCCGGCUGAGGGACGGGUCGGAGUGCAGCUCGUGGCAGCAGAGCUACCAGCACCGUUUGCAGGAGGAGGGAGUGGACGAAGAGAUGCAGAGUCGAGCGUUACUGCUCCAGCUGUGGACCACCCAGGGUAAUUCCGGACCCGCUGCCUUCUGGCUCCUCGGCUUCCUGCUCACUCACCCCGAGGCCAUGAAGGCUGUGAAGGCAGAGAUCAGAGGCCUCGCUCUUCAGGAGGACUCCUUUCAGCAUCUUCCCCUCAGCACCCUGGAGACACGCAGCACACCUGUGUUUGAUAGCGUGCUGAGUGAAACGCUUCGACUCACGGCGGCCGCCAUCAUCACCAGGGAAGUAGUUCAGGACAAGAGUCUGCAUAUGGCCAAUGGCCAGGAGUUUCAUCUCAGGCAAGGGGACAGGAUAUGUCUGUUCCCUUUCCUCAGCCCUCAGAUGGACCCACAAGUACACCAGGAACCACAGAGUUUCAAGUAUGACCGCUUCUUGAACGCCGACAUGACGGAGAAAAGGACCUUCUACAAGGGCGGGGAGAAGCUGCAGCACUGCACCAUGCCUUGGGGUGCCGGGAGAAACAUGUGUGUUGGGAGGCAGUUUGCUGUUUGCAGCAUUAAACAGUUCGUGUUCAUGGUUCUGACCCGUCUAGACCUGGAGAUGUGUGAUCCGGAGGCCAAGCUUCCCCCGGUUGAUACCAGUCGAUAUGGUUUUGGGAUGAUGCAGCCCGAUGGAGACCUGCAGAUCAGAUACAGACUAAAGAGGGCGUGACGCUGAGAGCGGUGUCUCAGCCCGACAAUGGAUGUAAACUGGACUCUGAUUCGACUCGUUCAUUGUGUAUAUCCAUCCAUCCAUCCAUCAACCGAACCACUUAUCCGGCUCUCAGGGUCGCGGGGGAUGCUGGAGCCUAUCCCAGCAGUCAUUGGGCGGCAGGUGGGGAGACACCCUGGACAGGCCACCACACAGCCCCACACACACCUAGGGACAAUUUAGUAUGGCCGAUUCACCUGACCUACAUGUCUUUGGACUGUGGGAGGAAACCGGAGCCCUCCCGGAGGAAACCCACACAGACACGGGGAGAACAUGCAAACUCCACACAGAGGACGACCCGGGAUGACCCACCAAGGUUGCACUACCCUGGGGCUCGAACCCAGGACCUUCUUGCUGUGAGGUGACCACGCUAACCACUGCACCACUGUGCUGCUCUUUGUGUAUAUGUGUAGCAAUAUUUAUUCUGUAUUCGAUGUAUGUCUCUAAUAUUUAAUUUUCUUGUUAUUUUUGUAAUUAAAAUA